AACAGGAACAGGAAGUACCUCUUGGUUUUGACUCGACGACACUUCGGCCAUUUCGAGAUUUCGACUACUUAUCAAAUUAAUUUAUCUUCAUUAAAUACUAAAGAAAGUCAGAAAUCUGCUCUUCAUCAGACAGGAACACAUCAUGAGAUGUUUCUGGUUCUCUUCUGGCUGAUCAGUUUACUGCCCGUCGCAGAUCACGGAAAAUAUCAUCUUGUUGGUCCUGAAGAGCCAAUAAAGGCACAAGUGGGAUCCGACGUUGUUCUACCAUGUCUUGUGAAGCCCGCAGUUGAUGUGAGAGACGCUACAGUCGAGUGGAUUUUCAACUCCAGUAAAACUGUUCACUUGUUCCGUAAUGAAGGUGAUGACAGAGAAUCUCAAGACAAAAGCUACAAAGAUCGAACUUAUCUCAACCAUGCAAUGCUUGAACAUGGUGACGUUUCCCUCAAGUUGUCCAAAGUAACUAAGAACGAUGAAGGGAUUUACAGCUGCUUUGUUCGCCGUCUGCCUGGUCAUAAUAAGCCAGAAAAGAGAGAUGUUACUCUGAUUGUUGUUGAUGGAAAAGAAAAUGAAAACCCAGACAGACAUUCUGGAGGAAAAUAUCAUCUUGCUGUUCCUGAAGAGCCAAUAAAGGCACAAGUGGGAUCCAACGUUGUUCUACCAUGUCUUGUGAAGCCCCCAGUUAACGUGAGAGGCGCUACAGUCGAGUGGAUGUUCGACUCCAGUAAAACUGUUCACUUGUUUCGCAGUGGAGAUGAUCACCGAGAAUCUCAAGACGACAGAUACAAAGAUCGAACUUAUCUCAACCAUGCAAUGCUUGAACAUGGUGACGUUUCCCUCAAGUUGUCCAACGUAACUAAGAACGAUGAAGGGAUUUACACCUGCUUUGUUCACCGUCUGCCUGAUCAUAAUAAGCCAGAAAAGAGACAUGUUACUCUGAUUGUUGAUGAUGGAAAAGAAAAUGAAAACCCAGACAAACAUUCUGGAGGUAAAUAUCUUAACAACUGAUAAUCAGAUGUUUCUGGCACAGCGACUGUGACUCAGUGGAUACAGUUGUUGUCUUCCUGUUUCCCCUGAUCACAUGUUGAUGUGCCCUUGGGCAAGUCAGAUAACUCCUAAAUACCUAUUGAUCUGCAUAU